UACACUGUGUUUUCGCGCUGCCAACAGCAUAAAUAGCUUCGAUUUACUUGUUUCAAUAUAUCUGAACUGGAUUGUUCGCACAAUUAGUUAGUUUUCCAAUCCUGCAACGCCAUUUAAUUUCAACGUAUUUGUCUUUUUUGUCACCGUUUCUAAUUCUCAUUGAAUUCGUACGACUUUGUUGUGAUUCAACGAAAUAUUGAAUAUAAAAAUAUUGUGAAAUAUGAAUUUCAAUUCUUGGGAUUUUGACGAAGAUAUUGUUCGAUCUGUCAAUGCACUCGUUGAAGAUACAUCCCCUGUUACGGAUGCAAAUGGCCCAGAUCUGAUGCCCAAUCAAACAGAAAACGAUGAAAGUAAAUCAGCUUUCAAUAGAUCCACAGGCGGACAUCUGUAUCCACAUUUCAUGAAUGUGGCAACGUUUAAGGCACAUCACAAUAUUGAUCAUAAUCGAGAUUAUUUGGAUAAACGAGCAAACGUUUUCAUUCGUCCAAUUGCAAAGGACAAGAUUUGUCAAUUCUGCAAAAACAAUGGCGAGCCACAUCAUGUAUACGCGUCGCAUCCCAUGAAAGACAAACUUGGUCGGGUUGUAUGCUUGAGACUAAGAAGCUUCAAGUGUCCAAUUUGCGGUGCAACUGGUGACGACGCUCACACCAAAAAAUAUUGCUCACACAAGCCAUUAAAAUCUUAAUGGGACCUUUUACAUUGAUGCAACCAACAAAGCAUAAAAAUAUAUUUCACGAAAUAUGCAUUUACAUAUACAUAUGUCCUAUUGUCAUCGUUUUCGAAAAUUGAUAAAAAAUAUAUUGGACUUUUCAUAUU